UUAAAAUCUUAUCAUUGUCACUUUAUAAGUGAUCAUUUUGACUUUGUGUCAAACAUUCUGACAUAUAUUUCACAGUUUUCACUCAAAAAUUGAGAAGUUUUUCCUUGAUAUAUCAAAUGUUGACUUACAAGGUUAAAAACUUUGUGACUUAUAAUGUUUUCAUGCGUAAUUAGCGCAAACCUGAUGCGCAGCAAACUGCCAAUCCGAGCAGCAUCUAAACAGCCAAACAUGGCUCAGUUCACUUACAGCAGAUUGUCCCACUUACUGAGAAUAUCCGCGAAUAAACCUUCAGUUUUACGAACAGGGACAGAGAUGAAACAUGGACCUGCGUGUUGUUUACAGUUCAUACGCUGCCAGAGGUCAGUGGACAGUAAGGCAUUACAGGAGAGGCAGAAGCAGCAGAUGGCCAGAAGUCUUCCCAAACAGAAGCCCAUCGCUGGGGUCAAACAGGUCAUCGUUGUGGCUUCGGGAAAAGGUGGCGUUGGCAAAGUGUUUUCUGUCUGUGUUUCUGUCUCUGCAGUGAAUUUGGCUCUAGGAUUAAUGACCAACGAUCCGUCCAAGUCAGUCGGCCUGUUGGACGCUGAUGUCUACGGUCCGUCCAUUCCCAGACUGAUGAACCUGAAGGGAAACCCGGAGCUCACUGACAACAAUCAAAUGGUCCCUCUCACCAACUACGGGAUUCCUUGCAUGUCCAUGGGGUUCCUGGUGGAGGAUGUGGCUCCUAUCGUGUGGCGGGGGCUGAUGGUGAUGUCAGCGAUAGAGAAACUGCUCAGACAGGUGGACUGGGGGUUGUUGGAUUAUCUGGUGGUCGACAUGCCCCCUGGGACAGGAGACGUGCAGCUGUCAAUCACCCAGAACAUCCCGAUAGCAGGUGCCGUGAUCGUGUCGACACCGCAGGACAUCGCCCUGCUGGACGCUCGCAGAGGAGCCGAGAUGUUCAAGAAAGUUAACGUACCGGUUCUUGGUCUGGUGCAGAACAUGAGUGUCUUCCAGUGUCCCAACUGUAACCACCAGACCCACAUCUUCGGCUCCGACGGGGCCCGACAGCUCGCCGAAACCCUGGGAGUCCAGUUCUUAGGUGACGUUCCUCUUCACCUGAACAUCAGAGAGAUGUCAGACAGAGGAAAACCAGUGGUCGUCUCCUCUCCAGACAGCCCAGAGGCGGAGGCGUACAGGAAGGUGGCGUCUGCUGUGGUCCAGAGACUAGAGGAAGUCAACACUUGACCGACGGGACGUACAAACAUAGAUGUAAACACACAAACACACAGAACACAGACGAAAACGCACAAAGCUCUGCUCUGAUAACGCACAAUACAAGUUAAAUGUAAAGCACUGCUGUUAACAGUUUUUACUGUUUAUCACAGUAAUACUGAAGAAAUGUGAUUCUUUUAGUCAUGUGAUGAUGUUUAAUAAAACUGAAGUGAACUCUU